GCUUCAGUCGUUUUCGACAGUUUGACCUUCAAGUGCUCAGUAACCUUCAUCGAUGGACGAUGUGGUUAUGAUUACCCCUUCAUAUAACUUCGUCAAAUCAAUCCACAGGUCGCUAUCGGAAACAAAUAAUAUCUCUUAUCUUAAACUUCUUACAGAUUCUCUACUGGUUCUUGAUGUUGGUCAAGAGUUUUCGUUAACGUUUGCGGAUAUUCAUGGUUUGAAAGUCAUCUUUUUGGAUACAUUUGUUGAGUGGACAUGUCAAUUUGCAUCUUUACUUCCUGCUUCCCUCAGUAACAACACUGGAGGGAUCCGCAUGGCUGGAAUAGUCAAUGACAUAGUAAUGGAGACGCUUGCCUUUACUAACAACAUUACAAAUGAAUUGAAAUUGGGAUAUUCCAAUGUACCUAAACCCCUGAUGGAUUUUUCAAACCACCUGAAGUUUUUGAUGUUAUCCGUUCAACGUCCUCACAACCCGAUUCCUAGCUGCCUUGGCAACAGAUUGCUGUGUUUUUCAUAUAAGCAGAAAUGAGGUAGCACCUGACAGUAUUUAAUGAAUGACUUGUAAUUGAUUUUUCUUCUAAAUGCGCAACUUUUAUUCGCUCCCGUAUGGUAUCUAACUGCGUAAGGAUUGGUAGUUAUUUGUAACAGGUAAGUUUGCCAUAACUAUUUCAGCUAUGCAUUAUCACUUUAAAAAAACCCGACGGCUCGAACUGUGAAGCGUUAUCAAAGUCUAAUAAUUUGACAAAAUAUUAUUACUGCAACCUAUUAUGACCACAAACCAUUGUCUACUUGACGCUGUAUAACUGGAGAAGAGCUGAAACCACCCGGUGUAAGGAAGAAGAAAACUCCAUCUAGGCGUGCGUUUGGCUGGAUUGAUUAUUGUUGUAAAUUAAGGAGUUACUGUAGCAGAAUGUUACAUUGUAUCAAAUUAGCAAAUACAUCUUUGUCUUCUGAAGAGGAUUUAGAGGAAGUUUUUGAACCGUAUUCGAAAAUCCCAUGCACCACGUAAAUUACCUUUUUUUCUUAUAGAGGAUAAUGAAAGCUUAAGCAUUUCAGCAUUAAAAACAUUAACUAAACGUGAAGUAAUGAAAGACACUGUUAAUAUUGAGGACUCAUUAAUCUCAUUGAAUAUUCAUAUGGAUUCAAACUUGUUCAGUAACAUUUACAGACUGGCGUAUGAUAAGAGCGGUAUUAUACAGAUCAUUCAACGGGUGCAAACAGAUUACCAGGUUAGGUUUACAAAGAAUAUCUAUUUUUUUAGUGAGAAUUUCAUAAUCCUCUUUACUUAGUAAUGACUAGUAUGAACAUAGGAAGUCUAUUCUGUGCUAAACUUGAAAAUGACUUACAGCAUACCUGUUUAUUAGUUGUUUUCUUUCAUCAGUAUACACUCCUAACCUAUUUCAUGGUUGCAUCCAUCUAUUUACUUGUUGGGUUCUUUGGUUUUUGUAUUUUAUCAAACUAACUUCCAAAUAUCUUUGCCAUUUAUUUGUGGUUAUGGGAUUUAGAGUGGAGCGAUAGAUUAACGGCUAAAGUACUUGGCUUUCAUUCAGUAGAAUACUAGUAAUAAACAGAGAGAUUCCUAGAAUUUCUAUCCUUCGAAGUUAAACUUUGCAGAGUCAGCUUGUUAAUUAUUUUAAAAAUAAAAGAAGAUUAUCAAAGUAAACAUCAGAAAUUACUGGUUUUGAGCUGUUAGUUGAUACACAUAUAUCACCUAUAAUUUGGUGUUAAUUUGCGUUAUUGUCCGACUAUUAAUAUAUGUUUGACAAACUUAUUCUAGCUCGUCAGUUUUUAUAUUUAGUAGGAACUGUGCAUUUUCAUACCAUCUAUACGCCUCUAUUUCGGAUUGUUUCUAAUUUAGCUAAGCAGUUACUUCAUCUUCUAAAGGUAUUGAGGACAUAUUUACUCACUAGUAUUCAUAAUUGAGCACGGUCAGCUAAAACACUGGGAUAGUAACUAUACUUCAGCAACUAUGCUGGAACUGUUUUCAUAUCAUUUUCCCCAUAGUUAUACUUUUUCUAAAGAAAAAUAUAACUACUUGUUUAAAAUCGUUUUUAAUUACUUAUAGGAUCUAAAUAAAGCAGAUAAUAAAAACUUACCCAGUCUUGCCAACAUUCAACAACAUUUACUUAAAUUGUCAUCAGUUUUUAUUACUUUGGAUACUUUGAGGCGAUUCAGUGACGAAAUACCACUUGAACAACUCCAAACACCAGGUAUAUAUACCGGGAAAUCUCCAUAUGUGUUUAAAACUUUUUGUUAUAACAAAAUUGGUACAUUUUAUUGUUAAGUGCCCCGGAGACCAUGUACACAUUCGUUAACCGACCUAUCGGAUAAUAAAAUGUUCUUGCGAUAUAUAUGUCUAUAAUCAUAGUAAUACUUUUUUUAGACGAUUAAUCCAUUACCGUAAAAAAGUAUUUUUUUAAAUCAAUUUCCAGUAAAAUAGAUUACUAACCUUUUUUAGAUUCUUUGCACACCACGACUCUCCUGACUCAUUGCUACCAAUCGUAACUACCUAAAACAUAUAAUAGUGUAUUUAUCACUGAUAGUUGACGAAUGUUUUAUAUUUAGUGAAAGAAUUACAAAUUUAGGUAGUAGAUAUUUAUAUGAUAUAUAGAUUUCCUUCACUCAUCUUUACUCACUAACCUUGACUACUUGAGUUUGGAAUAUAUAUUUAAGUCAUUUUGUGACAAUCUUAUACGAAUUUUUUCUUACUUUAUCACCUGUUGUAAGUUAAAUAGCUGUGUCCAGUGCUGUCUAACACUCAAUAAUUCUCCGUUCGUUGCUGAUUCUCGGUGAAAAUCAUUCCAUUAUUUCAUGUUUAACUAAAGGCGAUUCGAAAUUCCCCACUUUCCCGGUGCAAUAUUUAUCAAUGUUUAUUUGAAAAUCAUAGACUUGGAAACAUGAUGUAUGCAUAAAUAAUUGUCUGAGGUGCCGUCGCAGACAUAGCUAACUAACAAGUUAUAGAAUACAAAAAGUAUAGCCUUAGGGCUUCUUGACAAUUGAAUUUAAAUACUAAUAACUACUGAUACUGUUAAUAUUUCUGCUACUCUGGAAUUUAUCUUGAUAAUUUCAUCUUGCUGUGCUAAUAUGGUAUGGUAACUUGAACCGAUGUGAAAAUCUGCCGGGUUCUGUGUUACACGUGACUGAUUUAAAAGUAUUGUGAAUGUGUUCUCUGCUUGUUGCAUACAUGUAGAAAUAACGUUGACCCCAAUUAGGGAGUUCUGUACAAUAAAAGCUUAGUAAUCUUUACCAUUACCAACAUUUAUUUAAUCUGAGGGCUCUAACUUCAACCGGCUCAUUGUAACAAUAAUUGGUUCGUUGUUAAUAAAACUUUGUGCAGUCGAUAUCGAGAUGAGAAAAAUAUCCAUCACCUUUGGUUCACUGCACCAAUUGUUUAAAAGAACUACAUCCAAGGUUUUUGAAGCAAACAUCAUUCGUUUAAGUAAAUACCACCAACGCCAAAAAACUACACUGUCAUGAUAUAAUUAAUAACAAUGUCUAACGGUAAAAUAGAAUUCUCGAGCGUUUUUUAAGCUACGAACUUAUCAUUCCUCAGCAUUUGAGAAGAUCGCGUAAUAUGAGAUACUGAAGGGGUUAAACCUGUUCGUAAACAGCGUAUCCUGUAUGUUUUACGCGCUAAACAUGUUAACUUCGUCGUUUAGAAAUCGAGAGCUAGGUGAAAACAUUGAUAGAUGCAGCUUCAAAUUAUGCAGAAUAAUUGAUUUUCAUAAGAGCAUAUCUUUAUUUUGAUAUCAUAACAAGUAAGAGAAAUAAACGUCUGUAUUGCACUAGCAUCUUUUCGGGUGUCGAAAUUCCUUUCAAUAAGCAAAUGUGUAAUUAACUUACCGUAUCAUCCGUUCAAUACUACUGUUUUGGUUUUCACUAUUCUAGUAAUUUUAGCCGAUAGUAAGGGAUUGAAACAUACGCCCAUAAUUAGUGGUAAUGAAAACGCUGAUAUGGAUUGUGAACGAAAAGGAAGAAAAUUAGUUGACAAAUGUUGCUUUGAACAAUUUUGUGGGCCAUCACCCUCAACAUCAACGUGUACACCUGUCCCUGAAGAAAAAAAGAAAGUUAGGAAGUAUAUAAUCCGUCUUCCGAAAGAGGAGUGGAAAUCACACAAAACACCUUGGACAAUUGAAGAAUCUAUAGCAUUAUGGCAUGGAGUAAUGUAUGCUCCUGGUUCGAAAAGUUGGUCUCAAAUCUGGCAUCAAUCCUUCCGACAUAGUAAUCGUAGUCAAGUAAAUUUAAAAGACCGGUGGCGUGUAAUAGAUAAUAGUGAAACUAUUAAAAAUGUAAUUCGACAGGCGUAUAUUAGUUGGACAUCACAGUUUACAAAUGGAAAAGGCAGUCCAGUCAGAUAUAAUAAUUUACCAAUGCCAGUUAUUGUACGUACCUGUCAAUCAACUUAACCUUUGUAUUUUCUGAAUCUUAACAUACUAAAUGUGCAAUAUAUACAAAUAUUUUGUUAAAUUCAAAUUUUCCGUCAUCAUUAAAAAUCCAUAUUUUUCGGUGAGG